CAGUGCUGCUUCUCCGUCUGUGUGGUGUGCGCGCGCGCUCGCUCCCAUUGAUGCGUCGGUGUGGGACUCGUCGCGGCGGCUUAGCGCGUAGGUCGUCGCUCAUCGGUGUGUUCGUGGCGCGGCGACGGCGACGGCGGCAAGCGGCGUUCACACGUUCCCGUCAUCCACUACCACUCGGCUCGCGUCGCGAGGCUCGCAGUCGAGCGUCGUACGUUGCGCGACGCGGACGCGGUGUUCGCUCGUUCCCGUUCCCGUUCCCGUAUCGUCCGGUCGCGGCCGCCGUCGUACACGCACACAUUCGACGUGGACGUGUGUGUUGACUUUGUGCACGCAUCCUCCUACGAAAGUGUCAGUGUGCCAGACGAGAAAGAGGAAGAUACGCGCGCAAGAGGAGAGAGAAGCGCAGCGAGAGAGUGUGCGGCAGGAAACGCGAGUGCUUUUUCACCGCAGUGCCAAGACAGAUUAACGACGGAUUUCAUCGUGCCUACGUUUCUUCCACGGCCAGGAUCUAGAAUCGCAAACUCGUGACGGAUAUUCUCAAGGAAUGACGAUAUUCCACGACAUAUGAAGGAUGAACGGCGCCCGAGAAAUUACGAAGAUAUUCUAAAAGUGUCUGUGAAAACGUAACUCGAACGUAAACGAGAUCGCUUUUCCGCGUACAGAUUAAUCGAUGAGAAAGUGUCGUACUCGGGCUCGCGAUAAAGUAAUCGGCGCGAUGAAUCGCGUUGUGCUGUGAGCAGUGCCCGAAGAGAAGAUCGAUUUAAAACUGCGACCGUCGUCAAAUGGAGUCCCUUCCGGAUCACGAGGAUGCGUUCGUGUCUACGAACACAUGGUGAAAUGAUCGUGUGCGUAAUGUAUCGUGGAUGCUGCAACGAUUUCUAAGAAGCAAUUGCCCAAGACUAAGAUGUACCCCGCGCCGGCGAGACAUCCCGCCGCUCCCGGUGGCGGUGGUAGCGGCGGGGCUGCUGGCGGGCUGAAAUUCACGGUGGCGGACACUUGCGAGAGGAUCAAAGAGGAAUUCAAUUUCAUCCAACAGCAGUACCAUUCACUGAAGCUUGAGUGCGAGAAGUUGGCCAGCGAGAAGACCGAGAUGCAGAGGCACUACGUUAUGGUAAGGCACUUUUACUACGAAAUGUCAUACGGCCUCAACGUUGAAAUGCACAAGCAGACAGAAAUCGCAAAGAGGCUGAACGCGAUAAUCGCGCAACUGCUUCCGUUUCUGGCGCAAGAGCAUGGCUUGCAGCAUCAGCAGCAGGUGGCCAACGCUGUGGAGAGGGCGAAGCAAGUCACCAUGUCCGAACUGAACGCCAUUAUCGGGCAGCAGCAACAGCAGGGCCUCCAGCAGCUUUUGCAACAGAUCCAUGCGCAGCAACUGCCCCAUGGCGCGGUGGUCGGCGGUCUUCCGCCGGGCGGUCUGCUGGGCUUCGCAGGUGCGGCCGCGGCGGCCGCAGCCGCGGGUGUGCCGCCGCACUUGGCGCCGCCGCCGCAUCCCGCGGCCGCAGCUGCGGUCCAGGCACAGGCGCAGGCGCUGCUGAAGCCUGCCGAUCUCCAGCAGCAUCGCGCGGCCGCGGAGACGCCCGAGGAUCGUAAGCCGAUCGCUUUGCCGGACGAGAGACUCGGUCAUCGCUCGGUCUCGCCACCCGAGAAAUUUCGCAGCCGCACACCCGACCUCGAGGGCGACCCCAAGAGGCGGAAGGAGGAGAAGCUAGGACACGAGAGCGAUGCUGAAAAAAGCGAUCAGGAUCUGGUUGUCGAUGUGGCGAACGAGGAGGCAUCAUCCCCGCACGCGAACGGCGAGCAUUCGGAUCCACGCGAAAACGGUACCUUGGAGAAGCUGGGCGCACCAGGUCACGUUGGCGGACCGGCAUCAGGGACGGGCUCGGCAUCCGUUAAGGACAGGCCACCGUCGCGCAGCGGCAGCUCAUCCGCCCGUAGUACACCGUCUCUGAAAAGUAAAGAUGUCGACAAGCCGGGUACACCUGUGGCGGCGGCGAGGGGCUCGCGCAGUUGUACGCCAACUAUGGGCGGCAUCCCUGGGCCCUUGGCAUCGCGGGUCUAUCAUCCGCCAUCGUCGCAGCAAACGCCACCGCAGGGUUAUCAGGGCUUGCCAUCCCGCGGCAAUGAGCCGCCGCAGUCGCCCUCGCCAUACAGCAACUUGCCAUACGCGAGGCCCUCUUUGCUUGGUUUUGACAGUCACAUGAGGAUAUCCGCGAGUAACGGGCUGAGCAACAUCGCGGGCGGCAAACCAGCGUACUCUUAUCACAUGAACGGCGAGGGCCAGCUACAGCCCGUACCAUUCCCCUCAGACGCUCUAAUCGGACCGGGCAUUCCGCGUCACGCGCGUCAAAUUAAUACCCUGACUCACGGCGAGGUGGUCUGCGCCGUCACGAUCUCGAAUCCGACCAAGUACGUUUACACCGGCGGUAAAGGUUGCGUCAAGGUUUGGGAUAUCGGCCAGAGUGUCGGCAGUGCCAGCGUGAAACCAGUUUCGCAGCUGGACUGUUUGCAACGUGACAAUUACAUUAGGUCCGUGAAACUUUUGCCCGACGGAAGGACUCUGAUAGUCGGCGGGGAGGCCAGCCAACUGAGCAUCUGGGACCUAGCGAGUCCCACGCCGAGAAUCAAGGCGGAAUUGACUUCGUCAGCGCCCGCCUGCUACGCCCUAGCGAUCUCGCCGGACUCCAAGGUCUGCUUCAGUUGCUGCAGCGAUGGCAACAUCGCUGUUUGGGACUUGCAGAACCAGACGUUGGUCAGGCAGUUCCAGGGCCAUACAGACGGGGCGUCCUGCAUCGAUAUCUCCGCCGAUGGGUCCAAAUUGUGGACCGGCGGCCUCGACAACACCGUGCGCUCGUGGGACCUUCGCGAAGGCAGACAAUUGCAGCAGCAUGAUUUUACCUCGCAGAUAUUUUCUCUCGGUUAUUGUCCAACCGGGGAGUGGUUGGCCGUUGGAAUGGAGAACUCGAACGUGGAAGUGCUCCACGCCACCAAGUCUGACAAAUACCAACUGCAUCUGCACGACUCUUGCGUGCUCUCGCUGCGUUUUGCCUCCUGCGGAAAGUGGUUUGUCUCUACCGGCAAGGACAACUUGCUGAAUGCUUGGCGUACGCCAUACGGUGCUUCAAUCUUUCAGUCUAAGGAAUCAUCGUCGGUGCUGAGUUGCGACAUUUCCGCAGACGACAAGUACAUUGUGACUGGAUCCGGCGAUAAAAAGGCCACUGUAUACGAAGUGAUUUACUAAGCCUAUCCGUUAACGAAAAGAAAGACCUGUCUUUCCUCCUUAAUAGUGUUAAAAUCAAUCGAGAACUUUAUUAAUCUCCCGUAUAUCUUCCCUUCGCAAGGAGGGGAGCGCAAAAAGUUCCCGAAAGUGGGAUUCUUAGCAGCCUUAGGACCCUUUAAGACCAUUCGACUGGUAAUUGUGUACAUAUAUGCAUAUGCGAAUCUAUAACGGAAUUACAAUAGAAGAAUGUGUGAAAAAUCAGUGUAUGCGUGCAUGUACGAGUGCGUGCGUGCGUGUGUGCGUGCGGAGCGGUUCGCACGCCUACUAAAGUAAACGAGAGGAGCCUUCGCAAACGGUGAUGUUAGACAUAUAAUAUGAUUUUGUAGCUACGUAAAUGUAGGAUUAUAACGCGCCUAAAGCGGCCUGGUAUCAUCGAGAUUAGGCGUCGCAAGAUUAGUCUCGCCUAUCGGCGAGAAAUUGCAUUAUGCUUUUCAGCGAACGGAACACGGGCGUUCGUCGAGACGUCACUUCGAACACUUUUGCAAUCGCUAUAUCUUCAAACAGAAUCGAAUCCCUUCUGCUGUCCCUUCUCGAGUAACACAAAAAAACCGUCUAAGAGAAAAAACGCAUUUGAAAAAUGUCCGAAAUCUUCUUUUAUGAUAUUUGUGCGACAUUGUUUUAUUUCUAGAAGCUUAAUUGUAUUGCGUUGGCGGACUUUUAUUAAUGAGAUGUACAUUCAUAGAUGCAUAUAUGCAAUAUAUGUAAUAAUCUGUUAUGAAUAAUCAAUAUUGUUAAACUCGGUUCGAUAAUUUCUAAUCGGGAUAAAAAAGCUAUAUCUCUCGAGUAAUUUGUCGAGCGUAUUAAGCAAGAGGACGGCACAUGCUUUGAACUGUCAGAUUCUAUCGGUGUCAAUUUCACUGUCACGACUCCUAUUGCCAUUUGACACAUAGCAAACUUGAUUACAAGCAAAUACUUUUUUUGCAUCGUAAGCAUAAAGAAUGAUACCUUAUUGUGUAAUAAUUGAAUUUGUACGUGAUAUGCGUGAUGACGGCGAAUGGCAGAUACGAAUCCCUGUACAGAAUCCUUGUACAUAUUCGACGUUUGUGAUUAUAAUGAUUAUAAAACGAGUGCGCAUAUACAGUGUACUCGGAAUCUUUAAAUAUACCUAUGUAAAGUACAACCCCGUGCACAAUCGAAACAAAACUAUUUCUCUACUUUAAUUAGGUGAUACAAUGCGCGGAGAUCAAUAGAGGCGGAUGACUUGCUGCAGUUUUUAAAUAUCGAGUUUUAUAAUAUUGAUGAAAAAAAUAUUGACAUUGCACGAAAAAAAAAAAAAACCAAAAGAUCACAAAUAUCUUAUGUUGAAAAAUAUUUGAGCAAUAAUAUUAUAAUUGGGGUUUUAUAUCCGAUCGUAUAAAAUACGAUAAGGAGCAUCUUCUCCUCGUAAGUGCUUUCGCGAAUGAUUUCUGCUUUCGAUUGAUCUUCGUCUUGCGAAAAUUAGCUGGAUGAAAUUCUCGACAGACAGACGAGCGCGAAUUAUAAUGUAUCAUCGAAAUGAUUAAAUUUGUGAAAUUAUACGGUCCUUUAUUCUGUGUCCUUAACGUGAAGUAAUAAAACCAAGUAAACCUUAAGAAAAACGGAUAGAGUUACUUUAUUAUAGUUCUCGCAGUUCUCGUCUUGCUGGCGAAUAUAUGGCAAAUUGAGAGGUUUGAUUAUAUAUGUAUAACGCGCGCACGCGCGUAUCACUUAUGUAGGGAAAGAUAUGUCAUAUAAUUAAUGAUGACGUAUCCGCAAAUUUCUUGAGGAAAAAUAAAUACGAAUCUAUUUCACUUCUUCCUCACAUUUUUAGUAAUAAUAUAUGACAAUUGAUAUAUUAUUACACACACGCGCGUAUAC